AUGUCUACGACCAAAGCAUUAUCGCUUCUUGUGUUUAUACUCUUCGUGUCCCUUGUUCAUUCAUCGGAUCAAUGUCCUAUCAACUCUAUCUACCAAUUCGGUGACUCCAUCUCCGACACUGGAAACUUAAUCCGCAACGGCCCUGCUUCAUCUCCCACUCCUAAACCCUUACCUCAACGGGAACACAACGUCUUUGUUAACUUCGGAGUUUCCGGAAGCACAGCACUCAACAGCUCUUUCUUCUCCGAGAGAAAUCUCCACGUUCCGGCAACAAACACUCCUCUCUCCAUGCAGCUUGCUUGGUUCAAGGGUCAUCUACGUUCCACGUGUCACGGCUCUUCUUCGGAUUGCUUGAAGCACUCUCUUUUCAUGGUCGGUGAGAUAGGAGGCAACGACUACAACUACGGUUUCUUCCAAGGCAAACCAAUGGAAGAAAUCAGAAGCUACAUCCCUCACGUGGUUGGAGCCAUCACAGCCGCAGCUAGAGAGGUGAUCCGUGCUGGUGCGGUUAACGUGGUCGUCCCGGGAAACUUUCCAGUGGGAUGUUUUCCGAUUUACUUGACGUCUUUUCCCGUGAAAGAUACAAAAGAUUACGACGACAACGGUUGCUUGACGCAUCUCAACGAAUUCGCAAUGGAUCACAAUAACCAACUCCAAGAAGCUAUAGCUUCUUUGAGAAAAGAGUUUCCAGACGUGGCUAUAGUAUACGGAGAUUACUACAAUGCGUUUCAAUACGUUCUACGAAGUGAAAGAUUCGACAAGAGUGUAGCUUUGAAAUCGUGUUGCGGGACCGGUGGAGCUUACAACUACGACGGAAAGAGGCCAUACGGAGCAGUGGGAGUUCCGGUGUGUCAGAAUCCACACAAGUUCAUAAGUUGGGACGGAGUGCACUUGACUCAAAAGGCUUAUAGAUUCAUGUCUAAGUUCUUGAACAAUCAGAUUCUUUCACAGAUCAAGUGUACUAGGGCUUAA